CAAGCAAAGCUCAGUAGCAGCUUGUAUCGCUUCGGGGACGGUGAGCAGAGCAAUGGCUAUGGACGACUACGAUGAUGACAUGAGCAGCGUGGGAGUGACCACGGCACGGAUCGAAAACCAACACCACCAACAGGGUCAGCAUGGACAGCAACACCACCAGGGUCAUGGUGGCCAGAGCCAGUACAGCGCCGGAGCGGUCAAGGUGGGCGGAUGGCGGUACGAGGACGCCAGUCGCUACAUCGGCGAAUGGAAUCAGCGGGGCCAGAAGCAUGGCAUUGGACAUUUGCAGUUCGCCGAUGGCACCCGCUACGAUGGCCAGUUCCAGGAGGGUCUCAGCCAGGGAGUGGGCUGCCUCUGGUUCCCGGAUGGAGCAAAAUAUGAAGGCGAAUUCCAUCAGGGCUGGUUUCAUGGCAAUGGAAUCUUUUGGCGCGCCGAUGGAAUGAAAUACGAGGGUGAGUUCCGCGGUGGAAAGAUCUGGGGCCUGGGCUUGCUGACGUUCCAGGACUUUACGCACGGAUUUCCUAGAAACGAAGGCUUCUUCCAAGACUGCCGCUUUAUGAGAAGACGACGCUGUCCUGAGGUUGUCCAGCGAGCCCAAAAAUGUGCCCUGAUGGCCCGUUCCCAAUGCGAUCACCCUUACUGAAAGAAUACACUCACAUUCACGGAUAAUAUGGAUAAAUAAAGAAAAUAAUAAACAAGGAAGAAAUCCAAAUACGGGUA